AUGACGGCCACAAGCACGCGCAAGCAGCGGGGCGGCACGGAAAAGGGGAGCUCUACUGGAGUGAAGCUCUACCUGACGGCCUACAAUCUCAUACAGGCUGUAGGAUGGUACUAUGUGUUUGGGCGGGUAGCUGGCAACUUACUCACUGGAGGGCACCACGAGCAAACAUGGCAACUCGUCGCAUCCGUGGUGGUUGCGUUGCAGUGGGCUUCCUGCCUCGAGGUGGUGCACGUCGCCCUCGGCCUGGUGCCCGGUGGCCUGCUCCCGUCUCUCGCGCAGGUCGUGGGCCGUAACCACCUUCUGUUGGUGGCGCUCCAACCCAUCCACGAGGUGCACACGCAUUGGCUGGUGACCGCUCUGUUCCUGUCGUGGAGCGCGAUCGAGCUGGUCCGCUACCCGUUCUAUGCCCUCUCACUGUGGAACAAGUGCCCCUACUUCUUGGAGUGGCUGAGGUACACGCUAUUCAUUCCACUCUACCCGGUCGGCUUCUCGGUCGAACUGGCGCUGUACUGGGUUUUGCUCCCGUUCAUCAACGCGCACAGCCUGUACCGAUUGUCGAUGCCCAACAAGUGGAACUUCGCCUUCGAUUACGCCUACUUCGUGGUUGCCUUCGCCGUGGUGGCGAUUGCCUUCUUCCCCCAGAACUACUCCUACAUGUUCUUGCAGCGGAAGAAGAAGAUCUCAUCGGCUCCGUCCAAGGCCACAAGGAGCAACUGA